UUCGCCUUGUUCGUAGCGCAUACCAGGUUGGUUACAUAUACUCAUCGACGCUGCGCGAACCAUGGGCGCCCAAUCCACACGCAUGUACGGUCAGCGGCAUUCGACCCGCCGAGGCUGCGUGGCCGAUGCCACAGCGACUUCCUCGUCGACGGACUCCCACAAGAGGAAGGCGCUGGACACCUCCGUUGCCGACAACGACGGCACCCACAGCAGCUCGUUUCUACACAUUCGAUACCCGUGCGAAUCCAGCACAUGGAUUCGCGGCAGUCCCGUAUGCAUUGAAUGGACUGUGCUCGACCCGACCAUCCAGAACGUCCGCAUCGAGCUGUGCCAACAUGGUUCGUCCGUGUCCACACUAUUGACGCCAUCCGUGCCAAACUCGGGCUGCUUUGUCUUGGAGCGCGUGCCUUGGGGUGUCCUCGGCGAUGGUUUUUACAUCCGUGUGAUCGAAGACUUUACAAGUAGCAGCAGCAGUCGACCUUUGCGAUGCGCGCAGAGCCACAAGUUUUGCGUAGCCACCACGCGAUGGCGGUACCAUCACCUCACAUCCACCACCAAACCUUCAGCCUCCCCUACAUCGGCAACCGUCCGAAUCCCGUAGCCCCGAGUAGCACCAGCAUUUAACACCCCCCUUAACUAUUUAUCCCAUUUUUGCAGAUCGU